AUGAGGGAAACAUCAAGAGGAGCAUAUAGAGUUUCAUCGUAUGUAAUCUCAAACACUCUCAUCUUCCUUCCGUUUCUUCUAAUGAUCGGUAUUCUUUACACAAUCCCAGUCUAUUGGCUAGUCGGAUUACGCACUGAAAUCAACAGUUUCUUCUACUUUGCAUUGAUCGUAUGGAUGGUAAUCUUGAUGUCGAAUUCGUUCACAGCUUGUUUCAGUGCACUAGUGCCGAAUUUCAUCAUGGGUACGUCUGUGAUUUCUGGAUUGAUGGGAUGUUUCUUUCUGUUUUCUGGGUACUUCAUAGCGAAAGAUAGCAUCCCAAAAUACUGGAUUUUUAUGCAUUAUAUGAGUUUAUUCAAGUACCCAUUUGAAUGUUUUAUGAUAAACGAGUAUGGAGGUGAAGAAGGGAUGAGUAUGUGUGUGGAAAUGGAUGGGGGGAAGUGUAGAAUGUAUGGAAAUGGGUUCUUGGAGCAGCAGCACAUAAAGGAGACGCAAAAAUGGAGUAAUUUGGGAGUGAUGUUAGGGUUUAUAAUUGGAUAUAGAUUGAUGUGUUUUGUAAUUUUGUGGUUUAGAUGUCACAAAACAAGGAAUUAA